AUGUAUAAGCACGACGAGGUGAGCUCCCUUUCUAACUCCAUUUGGGCUGAAAUUCGAAGGGUAAACUCUUUAUACGCCCCUGCUCUGCUUGAUAAACAAGGUAGUCGUGAGACCUGGCAAGCCUUCAUGCCAAUUUUCGGCAUCAACUCCUCACACCGCGCAUCCGCUGCGGUGAACAUUUAUGGUUUGAAUCGGAGUUUCAUCAACACUGAAACAGCUCUCACUGCUUUACCUAAUGGAUAUGAAAUAAACAUGACUGAUCCAGUCGCCAGUGUCGCACCUGUCGAUAUUUAUGAAAAUUCGGCUCGGUUAAAUCAUCACAAGUCCUGCGGCCCUGGCGGAGUCUCAGCCGUUGUCCUGAAAGAAUGUGAUACCUUCCUUUCUAGUGCACUAAGUAACGUUCUUGUACAGAUAGAUCACGGAUUUACUUUACUAUUCAACGACCGCCGCAGUGGAGCCCUGACUGGACCCGGCAAACCGUGA